AUGGCAGCAAUUACACCAACUAAAAUAUCAAUUAAGGAAGCAAAUGAUCAUCUACAGCAGUUGUAUAAAAAUUUAUCAGAAAUGGAAAGUGAAAAUAAGCUCAUCAAAGCAGAGUUAGAAGAAGAAAAAAAAGGUAGGCAAUCAGAUAAGGCUGCUUUCGAAAUCCAGGUGUCGCUGCUCAAGAGUUCGCUAAAAUCGGAGGAAGGCAAGGUUGACAGCUUACGAACAGAAAAUGAAAAGAUGGAAGAGCAACUUCGCAAUUAUAAACACAAGAUAGACUCGUUAAACUGUACCAUGGAAGAGCAACUCGAAAAUUAUAAGCAACAGACAGAUUUAUUACAAAAUCAAAUCAAAGAGAAAGCCAGUGUAAUCGAUCAAUUAAAACCAAAAGCUGAUCUCUUGAAUGAAAUGAUGCAAACCAAGGGUAUGCUAGAAAAUCUUUUGAGUUUGAUGCAGAUCGCAGCCAGAGAAUUUGGCUUUGAGUCGGAUUCUAGUGUGCUACUUGAUGCUGUUGAACCCUCGAUUAGUCUAUCAAAUAACUCAGGCGAUCACGAACGCCUAAGUAGGAACUUUUCAAUCGGUGAUCAAGACAGCAACGAAGACGACGUUAUGUGA